AGAGAGCGAGCAUGUGAGUAAGUCUGUCAGUAUGCAACGUGUUGAGCAGCUGAACUCUUCCUUGAACUCUCUGGCCCUCAGAAGACGACAGCGCUCGCCAAAUUUGAGACGAAAGAAGACGCGGCGCUUGUUUUGCCGUCCUCGUGGUCGAUCCGUUUGUUUGUCCAUUUAAUUUGAUUCUUUUCUUUUCUUUUGUUAUUCUGAAUGGUUGCCCCUGAGGAUGUAGUAUCGCGGGAUCCCCCCGGAUUUUGGACUUUGUUUUAAAAAAAUUUUGGACGCAGCACUUCUAUUCAUCUUUUGUACAGAAGUGUUUCCCUGCUGUUUUUUCCCCCCCUCCCUUGUGGUAUUUCCUGCUUUUAUGUGUUGUUCUGAUCCUGUCCUUGAGUCCGGAUGAGUGUGCUCCGCUGGCACCGGCUCUCUGCGCUGUGGAAGAACUGGAUGUUCAACCAGGAGCCAGCAGAAGAGCAGGGCCAGAUCUCAGAAGUUCCAGAGCAAGACGCAGAACCACAGAAAAUCGAAGGGAAAACACUCAAGGAUCAUGACUUGGACUUGCAGAAUCUGACAGAAAAUAAACCGCAAAACUUGGAAUAUAAGAGGCAGAAAUCAGAAAGUGACGCCCAGAAUGUGGAAUAUACACAAGUCCAGAAGUCUGAGCUACUAAAACGCAGCUGCUCUGAGCCAUCCUCUCAAGUCUCAAACUACGUGGAUGAGACGUCCAGCUGCUCCCGUGCACCUGAAGGUUAUGGGCGCAACUCCUACAGAAGCUACUACUCUGAGGAAAGUGUCGAUUGUGUAUUACAGGUGGAUAACGGCAGUGAGGGGGACGACAGCUUCCUGCAGAGAGAGGGGUCGCAGCGGAGGUCCAGGCGGCGCUUCAGGAGGGUCAACCCCAGGGGAGAGCGGGAACUGAUCACAGACGGCCAAGAACCCGCAGGCUACAACACGGAUUAUGUCAACAACCAGCUUCCUGCUGACCUCAAUAAGAUGCACCUAACGGACCACGCCCACCAGCAGGUGAUGCACAUGCCUCCCAGCCAAUCAGGAUGCAGCAUCGCCAGCGAUUCGGGGAGCAGCAGCCUAUCAGAUAUUUACCAGGCCACAGAGAGCGAACUGGGCGAUGUGGACCUGUCUGGACUUCCAGAGGCUGCAGUGGACAGCGAAGAAGAGGAGGAGGAAGAUGAGGACCUGGAGAGAGCUUCAGACACUCUUCUGGGCCGAGAUCUGGUCCGAGAGUGUCUGGAAAAAGACCCGGCCGACCGCAAUGACGAUGACAUCGAGCAACUACUGGAGUUCAUGCACCAACUGCCUGCCUUCGCCAACAUGACCAUGUCUGUGAGGAGGGACUUGUGCAGCGUCAUGGUGUUUGAGGUGGUGGAGCAGGCUGGCACGGUCAUACUGCACGACAAACAGGAGCUGGACCUCUGGUAUGUGAUCCUGAAUGGAGCAGUUGAGAUCAGCCACCCUGAAGGAAGAAUGGAAAGCCUUUGUAUGGGCAACAGCUUCGGCAUCUCGCCCUCGCUGGACAAACAGUACAUGAACGGAGAAGUUCGCACAAAGGGGGAUGACUGCCAGUUCGUCUGCAUCGCCCAGGAGGACUACUGGCGCAUCCUCAACCAUGUGGAGAAAAACACGCACAAGGUGGAGGAGGAAGGGGAGAUCGUGAUGGUGAAGGAGCACCGUGAGCUGGACCGCAGCGGAACCAGGAAGGGACACAUUGUCAUCAAGGGAACCCCCGAGCGUCUGAUCAUGCAUCUUGUGGAGGAACCGUCGGUGGUGGACCCCACCUACAUCGAAGACUUUCUGCUGACCUACAGGACCUUCCUGUCGAGUCCCAUGGAGGUCGGCAAGAAACUGCUGGAGUGGUUCCAGGUGGACAACCUCCGAGACACGGUAACAAGAAUAGUGCUGCUGUGGGUCAACAACCACUUCAAUGACUUCGAGGGUGACCCGGCUAUGACACGCUUCCUGGAGGAGUUUGAGAAACAUCUGGAGGCCACAAAAAUGAAAGGCCAUUUGAGGCUGCUGAACAUAGCAUGUGCGGCCAAGGCUAAGUGGAGGCAGAUCACUCUGCAGAAGGCAUCCAGGGAGUCACAGCUCCACUUCAGUGUGCAGGGAGGCAGCGAGAGAGGAUUCGGCAUCUUUGUUGAGUCGGUGGAAGAAGGAAGCAAGGCUGCAGAGGCCGGACUCAAACGGGGAGAUCAGAUCAUGGAGAUCAAUGGUCAGAACUUCGAAAACAUCUCCUUCUCCAAAGCUGUUGACAUCCUGAGGAAUAACACCCACCUUUCCCUCACUGUCAAAACCAACAUAUUUGUCUUCAAAGAGCUCCUCAGCAGGAUCCUGCACGAGAAGAAGAACGGCGGCCCUCACAUUCCCAAGAUCCAGGAGAAAAAGGGCAAUCGCUUCUCCAUCCCCGACCUUCCUGGAGACAUGGAGUUCCCCACAGACCACAAAAGCACCCGGAAAAUGAAGGCCAACACUGUGUCUGGAGGACGCAACAAGAUCAGGAAGAUGCUGGAGAAGACGCGCUUCAGUAUACUUCCACCCAAACCAUUCAGUGAUGGCGGCAUGGGUCAGUCUCAGGACGACAGCAUCGUGGGUACCAAGCAGUGUCGUCACAGCGUAGCCAUAAUGCCGAUUCCCGGCAACCUCUCAUCCAGCAGCCCGGACCUGCUGCAGCCGGCCACCAGCGUCCUCGACUUCUCCAACCCGGCAGACAUCCCCGACCAGGUUAUUCGAGUGUUCAAGGCCGACCAGCAGAGCUGCUAUAUCAUCAUCAGUAAGGACACUACUGCCAAGGAUGUCGUCGCCCACACUGUCAAUGAGUUUGGUCUAAUCGCAGCACCUGAAACCUACUCCCUGUGCGAGGUAUCAGUCAGCCCGGAGGGAGUCAUAAAACAGCGCCGCCUCCCCGACCAGCUCUCCAAACUGGCUGAUCGGAUUCAGCUCAACGGCAGGUACUACCUGAAAAACAACAUGGAGACAGAGACGUUAUGUUCAGACGAGGACGCCCAGGACCUCCUCAGAGAGAGUCAGAUCUCGCUGCUGCAGCUCAGCACCAUGGAGGUCGCUGCCCAGCUUUCCAUGAGAGACUUUGAACUCUUCAGGAACAUCGAGUCCACAGAGUAUGUGGAUGACUUGUUCAAGCUCGACUCCUCCAUAGGAAGUGGCAACCUGAAGCAGUUUGAGGAGGUGAUAAACCAGGAGACCUUCUGGGUGGCCACAGAGAUCUUGAAGGAGCCCAACACCCUGAAAAGGAUGAAGACCAUCAAACACUUCAUCAAGAUCGCGCUGCACUGCAGAGAGUGCAAGAACUUCAACUCCAUGUUCGCUAUUAUCAGCGGGCUGAACUUGGCACCGGUGGCUCGACUGCGGAGCUCAUGGGAGAAAUUGCCCAGUAAGUACGAGAAGCUGUUUGGGGACCUGCAGGAUGUCUUCGACCCGUCCAGAAACAUGGCCAAGUACCGCAACGUGCUGAGCAGCCAGAGCAUGCAGCCACCCAUCAUCCCGCUGUUCCCGGUGGUCAAGAAGGACCUCACCUUCUUACACGAAGGCAACGACUCCAGCGUUGACGGUCUUGUGAACUUUGAGAAGCUGAGGAUGAUCGCCAAGGAGAUCAGACACGUGGUGCGAAUGACUUCCGCCAACAUGGAUCCUGCUCUUAUGUUCAGACAGAGGAAGAAGAGGUGGAAGAGUUUAGGGUCUUUGAGUCAAGGCAGCACCAACUCCAACAUGCUGGACGUGCAGGGCGGAGCCCAUAAGAAGCGAGUACGUCGCAGCUCGCUGCUCAACGCUAAGAAGCUGUACGAAGACGCUCAGAUGGCCAGAAAGGUGAAGCAAUACCUUUCUAACCUGACGGUGGAGACGGAUGAGGAGAAACACCAGAUCAUGUCCCUGCAGUGCGAACCAUCUUACAACACCUUGUCUAAGAACUUGAGUGAGAGGCGAUCCACUAAGUCGGACAUGUCCCCAGUGUCUCUGCGCUCAGCUUUACCUACUGGAAAAACACAAAACAGGGUGUCACAAGUCCUUCAGGUCCAGGUCCCACUGAACCCUCUACGAAAGAAGAGCACCGCCAAGGACAUAGGCACGCCCAACUCUAACUCUCCCCAGGUGGUGAAGAAGCCUCCAGUGAACUCAUCAGAGGAAUGGAGCACCAAGAGGCCAUCUGAUGACACCGUCUCCACCAUCUCCUCCCUUCACUCCAGCCCCACGGUGUCGCCUCAGGGCUCCCCACGCAAAGUGGGAGGCGUGGCGAAGUCCCAGAACUCCAGCCAGAUGAACUUGUCAGGAUCUUCAUCAUCGCUGACCAGCGAUGCCAGCACAAAGGCCGGCACCAUCAGCCUGCGCAGCUACGGCAUAGGCUAUGCCCUCCUGCCAGCCGGUAAAGCGGACAACCUGUCGGACUCGAGCCACAGCGAGAUCUCCUCCCGCUCCAGUAUCUGUUCGGUGGACUCGGUGCCGGCCCCCGGGCUCGACGACCGGUGUAACAGCAGCAACAGGACCUGUACUACUACUGCCACUAUUGCUUCUACGACUACUGCUACCACAGCCGCUGCGGUUGCUGAGAGCACAGCAGCAAUGAAUGCACAUUUAAAUGCUGAUUACAGCCAGCCCAGCACAAGUAAUUCUUCACCGUCGGCUCGAGGACACGUAACGCGAGCCUCCACCUUCACCUCCUCCAUCUCGACGGAGGAGCUGACCCCGGACCACACCUCACUGGACUCGGUGGCCGACAGCGGCCGCGGCAGCUGGACGUCCUGCUCCUCCAACUCCCACGACUCCUUCCAGAGCCUCCCCCCCUCGUCCUGCCGGCCCUGGGACCACGGCAUCCACGGCCACCCGCUCGCUCUCCCGCACACACACCUGGGCGGCUUCAAGCACACGCAGCUGACCCGGCCGAUAGCGGAGGUCGAGGCAUCCGGUCCGGCCUGGGCCAACGAGGACUCCUGUAAGCAGCACUCCAGAGACUCCAGCUCAGAUCUGUCCAAUCAGUCGCGGCAGAGCUGGGCGUCGUCUAGCUCGCUGUCGGACACCUAUGAGGGGAAUUACAGCACGAUAAAGCGGCGAAACACCUCGGAGCACCCCUCCUCGCCGGCCAACGAGGAAGGAGGGCAAAGCACAGACCCUGCCUACAAAACGGUGACAUCAAGCACAGAGAAGGGCCUGAUAGUGUACUGUGUCACCUCCCCCGCCAAGGAUGAGCGUUAUCGAGCUCCCCCUCCCACCCCUCCAGGCUACCAGGGUCUGGCUCUGGGGGAUCUCGGCCUCACAGACGGAGUAGUAGGUGGGCCAGGAGGUCUGCUCCCCAGGCCUCCUCACCUCAAACCUCCGGACUACAGCGUGGCCCUGCAGAGGAGCAAACUCCUGCAGAGCCCCGGAGCGGCUGGCGGUCUGGCCGAGGCUCGGAGGCUCGCCGGCGCCCUUCACCUCCAAGACGCCCGGACUGCCGGCUCAACGCAGGGCCACUCCAGACCGCCCAGCAUCUGCCUCCCACCACAGGAUCUGGCUGACAGCGAGGAUGAUGAACAAGUGUCAGCGGUGUAAAAGCGGCGACGUCACACACACACACACACGUUCUCACACGCGGACCAAGUCGUGUCGAUCAGGCUUCGGACUGAGUAGCCGCCUGUCGUCAUCACAUGUCAGAGCACAUCCUCUAAGCCCCGCCCACCCCGAACCCGACCGCCUCGGGUGGCGUGACCUCUCGCCGCCUCGCAGGACUUCACACUCCGUCACCUCUUUAUAAACCCAUUUCACAAAACAACGAAGAAAAGACGGAAAGAUUUUAGACACUUUUUAAAAACUCUCCGACAGGCGGUGUGAUGGGAUCACAUCGCGGCAGACGCAUGUCGGGGAAAAAACAAAAAAAACAGAAGGAAAGAGUGACAGUAAUGAUGCCUCAUGAGAAGAAGUCGACUUCAUCGGAAACAGACCACCGUGUACCUCCAUAUUUUGCGCUUCGAGCUCUCUCAUCUUAAGAUGUUUCAUAUUGUUUUAACAGUUUAAGAUGUUGUACAGUGAUCUUUUCCUGCUUUUAUUCUUUUGCAAAGUUUGUUUUCCCCUCUUCUUUUCAGUUGCAUCUCUGAGCUUCGUUUUUAUGUGAGAAUUGUGAGGAGGAGCAGACAAAGGGACGGGAAGUUGCAGUCACUAGUGGAGGAUUGCAAGAAAAAGAGCUUGUGGGGGAUUUUUUUUGUCGAUGUUGUUUUAUUUUUAAUGUUUGCUUAAAAGAAGAUGAAUGUAGAUGAACAAGAAACAAGAAAAAAAUCUUCUCUUUUUGUGAGGUCUUUAUUAGCCCUCUGUUGAACCCUGGCACUGAUACAUUUGCUUCAACACCACAAACAAACCAAAUGCACACAUAGAAAAAACAACAGCUACAAUCCUUACACUUUUGACUGGUCAGAAAAGCCCCUCAGGAGCCACUAACAGCCAGUUUUUCACUUCCUUUAGGUGGCGAAAAACAGAGACAUUAAACUCCGGAAGCAACAGGAAGCACGUCUGUUUGUGUUUAGCACUUAUUGUACUUUGCUGAGCUUUAUAGAAGAAAAAAAAAAAAGACAAACAGCAUCUCUCAGGCAGAUUUCGGUGUCUCCAUGUCGCGCUCAACCACCACCACCACCACCACCCGCCUCUCUUAUUGCUCGUUCAGUCUGACGUGAGGUACUUUAGCGGCAUGCUGCCUCCUGGAUGUUCUAUAAAACCUGUAUUGUAACUUGUUUUUAAUGAGCUGAAGAACAAAUGCCUUGCUGCUUCCCGUAGAGUAAAACGCGUGUUGUUAUUUUAUUGCAGCAGCUAUAAUAAAACGAUAAAUUAGCACUGUGCAGCGACACGGUGUGCAUGCAUACACACACACACACACACACACACACACACACACCAAAAACGUAGCCGGUGUGCAUAAAGACAAAGGACAGUGUUUACACCGAUGCUUACACGUUUUGUUUACAGUGUUUAUUAGACUAGUCGUCUAUCGAAUUACAAGCUGGAAUGUUACAAAAAGUAUAACGUUCCAGGUUCAGUUGACCUUGUAAAUUUGUUUAUAAAUGCAGCGGGAGUAUGCAGAUGCAGCAUAAACUCUGACCCUGUGCUCACAGUGUACCUCUCUCAUCUCGGCUUCUUAUUUAAAAAAAAGAGCAACGAAAACAAGUCGGCGGAUAAUGUGUUUUAACGCCCGGCUCCGCGUCUCCAUUCCAUGUUCAUAGUAUAUUUUGUAGAAUAUUUAAAGGAUGUGCUUGAAAAACAAAAAAAGUUGUUUAUUUGUAUUGAACGCGGAAGCAAAUUUGUACAUUCGGAAAUGUCUUUUUGUGUUUUUCUGCGGUUCGGCAGGGGCGUAACUGGAAUUAGACGUUCUUCUCCUUCUGCUGUUUGUCUCGCGCUCUGUGAUGCUUCUUGUUUUGUUUUUGCCACACAAAGACUUGAAAUGAUUGAUGCUAAUAUAUACAUGGCAUAUAUAUGAAUUUAUACAUAUAUAUUUUUGUUGUUUCUUUGCCAUAAAUUAAUGUUAUCUGAUCAUGUAUAGGUGAGAGAAGAGAGUCCUCUAUAAAGGCUAUUUUUGAAUAUUUUGUUAUAAGAAAUAAUCCGAGGUUGUGAUUGCCCUGCUUCUCUUUUUUGGGGGGGCAGGAGUCUUUAACGGAGUUUCUGUUCGUUCUUGUCAUUUUCUCCCCUCACUCUCUGUUGUUGGUGCCAUUUCUGCUCUUUGAGUGUAAUUGCUGCUGUGUUUUGGGAUAUGGCGGCGCGUGAGUGUGUGUGUGUGUGUGUGUUGUGGAAUUGUAUUUGUGAGGUUGGGAUCAACAUGUUUUUUUUGUUUUUUUUUUUAAUCCCAUUUGAUUCAGACUGGGGAUGCAGCACAUAAAGAAAGGCUCAGAAGUCAUUUUCAACAAAAGCCCUUCUUAGUUUGCAGUUUCGCUUUGAUUGCUUCCGCCUGCAGAAAGGUGGACCCCUCGUGAGUCUCUUGCCGCCGCUUUCAUGGCGCGAGGCGAGUUCAUUCGAACAGCGGGGAUGAUUGAAAGGAUUUUUUGAUGCCAUUAUAUCCCCCGUCUGUUUGAAUUGAACAGAACGAGCUCUGCUGUGUAGCGCGCAGUCGCUCCCUCAGCCCUGUCAGCUAGGCAGGACUUGAAACUUUCAACCUUUCUCUGCACUGUACUCUUCUAAUGGAUUUCAUUCUAUAGCUACUAUUAAUCACGAAUAUCCACUGUGAGCCCUCCCUUCACUCCUUUUUUUAAAAAAAAAAACAUUCUCAAUAAUAGAGACUUUGAAUCAGACUGACAGUUCCUUUUUUUUUUUUUUGCACAACUGUACUCCUCAGAUUCAUAACCACAAAUCAGUAUUAAUGAUCUGCAUUGAUUUUGUUUUCUUAAGCAGCAUAUGCUACUUCCAACAGUUUGCCCAGAUGAUAUGAAUAGUUAGGAUUUUAGUCAGAAAUCGGCUCUAUAUUUUGACCUGCUUGUUGAGUUUUUUAACUCCUAACUCUCUCUGCUCUUUCUAAGUAGUUGUUUUUUCUUCCUCGCAAAAUGCAGAAUAUUUUUUGUUUGCAUUUUGUUUUACUUUCCUUCAGGGCUAAAUUUCACUCAGCAGUUCACCCCCUUCUCUUCACCUCCUCUACACAUAGAAGGCAUGUUUUCCCAGAGGCUCUGGCAGUGAGCAGCUGUUGGCACUGUGAGCACAACAUGUCAGUGUUUCUAUUUACACAAAACCAGAGAAGAUGAGCGUCACCUCCUUCGCCUGAAAACGUCCCGUCUGUCUGUCUGACUGUAAUUUAGCCUCCCUCCCCCUCCCUCCUUGUCUCCUGCCAUGUUAUCUGGAAUGCAAUAAGAGAGAUGUGAAUGUGUUUUUAUGUAGACAUCUUUUGGCAUUACAGCAGAAAUGCACAACAAUAAGCUUAAAUGUGGUGAGUGAGCUGCACAAUCUGUACAAAGAGGUAUUAACUUGGUCUGUGGCUUAAAGUUUGCUUUCGUCUCACACUUAUAGCUGUCGUAACUUAUGUCUUUUAGAAAGACAACAUGAUUUUGCUUGUACGCUUUUUAUGUAUUUUUUACGAGUGAUUGUAAAUAGUUGUUAUAUUUUUGUUUAAGAGAAUGUUUAAAAAGGAAAAAAAUACCUUUUAUUUCUCUGAGUCUACUGAUAUGAAUUUGGACAAUGAAUAAAAAUGUUAAGGAGAAAGAA